GUGAAGACAUUUGCAGUGGUGAAGAGGACAAAGCGAAUCGUGUAUUAUUCUGCUGCCGUGUUUGUUGAACUUUCUGUGGACGCCACCGUCGAACUGAGUCACCGUUAUAAACCAUUUUAACGGAAAGAGUCCGAACUACAAACCGUCUUCAGACACCGCCGACAGGUCGAAGCCACCGGCUGCUGUUUCCAGACCAGACAACCCGACGACCCCGACAUCAACGUGAUUGUUGCUUCUGUGAAAGUGAAGGCUCCACUGCCGGUCCCUCCUCAGCUGCUCACCAUCACCCCUCAGCUCAGGAUAGAAGAGCACACGCCUAACAUGGUGACACAAACUCCUGUCAGCUGUGAGGUUGGGCGGUGGAGUUGCUCCCAGCAGCAGAGGGUGUGGAUGCAGACUGAGAUGGUGGCGUUGGGGCUGUGGCCGGGGUCACGUCCGGUAUGUCACUUCAUGAACAUGCUGUCCCUGUGGCGCCAUCCACCUCAGCCUGAGCUCAUCGACUCCAAGCCGCCCUCGCCAAAGCACUUUCAGCUUCAUCCGUUUUUCAUCUGGAAGCCGGAGCACAGCGUGAUGGAGAGGCUGAGGAACGGCUACAUCCUGCCCUGUCUUCACGGCUGUCCCAACCCUCAGGUAGCCUUCUCUAGCGUCGGACGGCCCAGAGUCAUCAUCGGCACCAGUGGACAGUACUAUAUUUUAGCCUCGCGGCUCACCUGUGGGGCUUGUCACAAGUGUUGGCAUGCCGACGAGCCGCGGUGGCUGGAGAAGCUACCGGAGCGCCUCAGCGGCAUUGUGCCGGCUCUCCUGACUCACAAACACGCCGUCUGCAAGUCUGUGAUGGACGAGAUGAGACGCAGUGGCAGAUCGCCAGAGGACAUGUCCAAGCAACUGACGGAGGCGCUCCAUCUUAAAUAUGAGCGAGCUCACCUGGCCUACCUGCUGAGUGUGCAGAACGUCAGGGAGGCAGCGGUCCUCACACAGGCUCCGCCUCCAUUUGGUGGAUACUCUGAAGCUGACGGCUGGUGUGGAGCGUCCGUUUGUCCACACGACCUGCCCGACUGCCCCGUCCGUCCACCGAGGUCGCAUCACACCUGCAGGAUCCUGCUGUCAUCCUGCACCACGUCCGUCACAGCCCUGACUCCACCUGUGGCUCCACCCCAGGAGGAGUCACUGAGCCGGGCCGCAGUGGAGACGAUUGUGAUCGAGAUCCCGGAACAACAAGAACAACAACAAGAACAACAACAACAAGAACAACAACAACAGAAGAAGAAGAUGACCAAGAAGUGUUUAGCCUGCGGUCAGCCAAAAUCAAGGUAUCUUGCAAAUGGCUCUUCUGUUCAUUUUUUUUACCAGUCAAAAACAGUAAAGUACUUCUACUGCUCCACGAAGGUGUUUAACAUGUACGCAGCUGAAGGCCUCACAGACCCUCGGAUGACGUUCCAGGACUUUGCAGCAUCUCCGUUCUUUGAGCGGGAGCUGGAGGCCGCCAAACGAAGGUCGGCUGAGUGGAGGAAGGUGGCAGAGGAGAGGGCAAAGAGGAGGGCCGCUGUGCAGCUGCCAAAAGGUCGCCAGUGCAGGUUCUGUCACCGGCCUCUAAAGCAGGGCCCUGACAGCCCUCAUAUCCACACCGGCUUCCCCGGGGUGCCGGGCAAAUACAUCUACUGCCCCUCCAGAGUGUUCUCCCUGUACAAGGAGCACGGCAUGGUGAAAGAGAUUAGCUGGAGGGAGUUCCAACUGUCCGAAUUCUAUAAGACUGAAUGGGACAGAUGGGUCGCACAGAAGGGGAGGCGACUGUGAAUCCACCAAAACCAACCCACCUCACAUCACAUCUUUUACAUGCACACCCGGUUCCCUGUCAUACUGGAAGUCUCAUCCUGAAUAUGACCAUAUUAAGGUAAGAAAAGCAUUGCAGAGGAAUUACAGAUUGCAACCAGCUGAAACUUCUCCUGGUAAGAAUUUCCUCAGUGUUCAUUGUUCAGGAGGUUUUUACCAGGAGCCAAAUUAUCCACAGAGGUCUCUUCCUCUCCAAAACAAACAGACCAGCUGAUUUAAACCAGUAGAAACACUGAAUGCAGACGUUUCACGUUAAAAAUCAGUGUUUCUUCAGUUAAGUUUGGCACAGUAGGGGCUGGAGCUGAUCUGCAGCUAACGUAUGUUGGGCUGGUUCCUCGAAUAACUUAUCCAGAUGUUAAGUCCAUUUUUACCGGGAGCUGAAAUAACCACAGAGGUCUCCUCCUUCCCAAAACAAACAGACCCACUGAUUUAAACCAGUAAAAACACUGAUUGUGUUUUUGCGAUGCUAUUUGGCACAGCAGGGGCUGGAGCCAGUCUGCAGCUAAGGUAUGCUCAGCUGUUUCCCCUAAUAAUGUAAAAUACAGAUGUUCAGGUCGUUUUAACCAGCAGCUGAAUUAUCAGUAGAGGUCUCUUCUUCUCUAAAACAAACAGACCAGCUGAUUAAAACCAGUAAAAACAUGAAAAAAGACAUUUCAAGUUAAAAAUCUGUGUUUUUCCAGUGAAGUUUGGCAAAGUAGGGACUGGAGCCGAUCUGCAGCUAACGUAUGCUCAGCUCUAAUAAAUAAAAAACAAGAUGUUCAGGUUCGUUUUUACCAGGAGCUGAAUUAUCCAAAGAGUUAAAGUUUUCUUUACAGCUGUCUUUAAUACGUGAAACACCUGGACUGGUCCUGACCUCUCCAGAUCUCUACUUUGCACUUUAGUUUCAGUUUGUUUAUUCUUUACAUUUAUUUUUUUAUAUAAAUGUUUUGGUACUGGGGUAUUUUGUUUAAACCAAAACCAAACGUUAUUCACAUUAUAAUGAUAAACAGUAGAGGAGUACCAAUCCAGACAUUUAAGAAUGUUUAUUAAUAAUUGUUUCAUUUGUUAAGUUUUG